AUGACUUCUUAUCAAAUUACACGUGGUCUUGCUCGUAACUUCAUCAACAAUAAUACAGUUUACAAAAAAUUGGAUGUUAUUGGAAAAAAGGUUGGAAACUUGGAGAAAAAAAUGAAUGAUAUGGACACUAAAAUUGGGAUGGUGAAGAAUGAACUUGAAUCUAAAAUUGGGAUGGUGAAGAAUGAACUAGAAUCUAAAGUCAUUAAAGUAGAAGGGAAAGUCAAUGAACUUAAAAGUGGCGAAGAAACUCAACCUCUUCCUGAAUAA